AUGCUUUCUCAAGAACGAAGUACACAAACGGAUCAAUCACUUGUAACUCGUCCAUUAUCUCGUUUGAAACUCAAAGAUGGUCUGAAGUUUGCCUCAUCUUUACUACUACCACUCGCAUUGGGUGUCUUCACUGUUAUCAUCACAUUUGAACAACAUAAUUCAUCUAAGCAGCAACGUGAAGUGGAUCGAAAAGGAUCUGAACUUCAACGUGAACAGGAAAGAAACUUGACAGAUCAGAAAUAUCAAAACGACCGUUUCGAUACUUACAUUAAUGCGAUGGCUAAAUUAUUGGAAGAAAACAGUGGUUCACUUAGACGCAAUGACGUUACGUCUACUGUUGCUCGAGUUAAAACCUUGAAUACAUUUCGUCAACUAGACGCACAUCGUAAUGUUCAAAUUAUUCGCUUUCUCUACGAAGCCAAACAACUCACAGAUACACCGGAAAACCUUUCCCUCGAUCUUUCAACAGCAAAACUAUUUAAUAUCGAUUUUCGUGAUGCAGCAGUUGAUACAAAACUAGGUGUAAAAAAAUUAGAUCAAAUAUCAUUGGCAGGAAUCUUUCUAUCGAAUGUCACAUUUGCAGACAUUCAGAUAAGACAUGCUAAUUUUUCUCACGCUCAGUUUCACAUCGCUAAUUUUUCCUUGGGGUUGAUUGAUGAUGCCAAUUUUUCAUCAGCUAGUUUGAAUCAUGCUAAUUUUUCAUUUGGGAUCAUUCGCAAUGUUAUCUUCGAAUCAAGUUCUCUUCGACAUAUCAAUUUUUCAUCCGGAAACAUUCGCAAUGUUACCUUCGAAUCAAGUUCUCUUCGAAAUAUCAAUUUUUUAUCUGUUUCACUGAUUAAUGUUUUACUGUCAUCAAAUCAAAUCGACCAUGCGAAUUUUACAUCUGCUAAGCUCUUAAAAGUUUCUUUUUCGUUUGGAACACUUCAGAAUGUCGAUUUCUCAUAUUCUCUAGUGAACAAUGUGGAUUUCACAUCUGCAACACUUUCAAAUGUGUGUUUUUCACACGCACAGCUCGUCAAUGUCAAGUUUAUAUCUACCAAACUUAACAACGUGAGUUUUUCAUCUACUGAGCUCAGUCAUCCCCUAUUUUUAAAUGCGAAACUUCAUAACACUACUUUCGCUUCCGCCAUUUUAGCUUCAGCUGAGUUUUCCGACGUUCGAGCAUCUUUUACGAAUUUCAUAGAGACCAUUGCUUUACAAGCUAAAUUUGUAUGUAGUAUUUUAACUUAUUCGAACUUUCCGGAUUCGAAUAUUAAACGUACUACAUUUGUGGGCACUACCCUGAAAGAAAUUGAUUUUUCUCGUGCCAACCUAUACAAGGUUUUUUUUCGUAAUACCGAUAUUGAAGAUGUACAAUUGGGAAGAGCACUAUCUAUUCACGGCGCUGAACUGCCUAACGGAACACGGGUUCAUGAUAUCAACUUGAUCAACGGUGGGCAGCUUAAUUGCAAGCAUGCUCUUAUUCAUGGGUGGACAUUGAGAAAUGUGAAUGUCACUGUGGUUAUGUCCAAUAAGAGUAAUAAUAAUUGUCAGUUCAACAUACAACCACUUUCUAUCGAAGCUACUAUGUGCAAACGCAUCAAUUUAUUAGACAAGUGGGAUUCAAGGUUUUGGUCAUAUUCCCAAGCUGAAUUUAAUGCAAGCAUGAGUACUGGUGUAACAAUGGAGUUAAGAGGAAUCAAUAGUAAUAAUCGAGUUGUUGCUCGACAAAGUUUAAAUUUCAAUGUCACAAAUACUAGAUUACUUUUGAGUGACGAAAUUCGCGAGCUAGAAGUGUUCAUCGACUUUACUGCGCUUGGCCAUGGCAGCAAUGUAAUAGAUUAUUGGUUUGAUGAUAUUAAACUCAUCAUCAUUUAUGGUACAUAUUCAGAAUUAUUGCGAUUUAUGCCCAUUGUUCCUACUGACGUGAAAUGGGUACAGAAUGGUGUGACUAUUGUUGGAGGCAACGAGCAGGGCAAUGCCAACAAUCAAUUAAGCCGCCCUUACGGCGUCUUCGUUGAUGAUGAUCAAACAGUGUUCAUUGCUGACAUGUGGAAUCAUCGUAUCAUCGAACGGCAGAUAAGUGAUAUUACGGAUGGACAAGGCAGUGGGAAUGGCAAUGAAACUGUCGUGUUGAGUGGCAAUGAAACUGUUGUAUUGGGUGGCAAUGAACAUGUUGUAUUGGGUGGCAAUGAACAUGUUGUAUUGGGUGGCAAUGAACAUGUUGUAUUGGGUGGCAAUGAACAUGUUGUAUUGGGUGGCAAUGAACAUGUUGUAUGGAGUGCUAAUGGACAACUCAUUGAGAGUGACAGUGAACAAUUUGUUCAACGCGGCCACGGGAAAGUCGUUGCUGGUGGAAAUGAGAAAGGAGGAGGACCAAAUCAAUUAGAAUAUCCAACGGAUGUAUUGAGCGAAAAAGAGACAAAUAGCCUCAUUAUUUGUGAUGAAGGAAAUCGACGAGUCGUACGAUGGUCUCGUCGUAAUGGCACAACACAAGGAGAAAUCCUCAUUGAUAACAUUCGAUGUUGGGGAUUGGCUAUGGAUGAUCAGAGAUAUCUCUAUGUAUCUGACAUCGAAAAGGACGAAGUACGGCGAUAUCGAGUAGGAAACAAGAAUAACACCCUCGUAGCUGGUGGCAAUGGCAAAGGUCAUGGUCUAAGUCAGCUCAGUGAGCCGAGGUAUCUCUUUGUUGAUCGAGAACAGAAUGUCUACGUGUCAGACUACAACAAUCAUCGUGUAAUGAAAUGGACUAAAGAUGCAACACAAGGCAUCAUCAUCGCUGGAGGAGACGGCGAAGGGACUGAUAAGACACAGUUGUAUCAUCCUAACGGGAUCUUCGUCGACAUCUUGGGCACUCUCUAUGUGGCAGACACUGAGAACCAUCGUGUAAUGCGAUGGGCUCAAGGAGCAAAACAAGGCAAAUUAGCGGUGGGCGGAAGUAGCUCUGGAAACGAACCAAAUCAGCUCAACGAGCCCACUGGUUUGUCUCUUGAUCUAGUUGGGAAUCUCUAUGUCGUUGAUUGUAAAAAUCAACGUGUUCAACAAUUUGCUCUCGAAUAG